AAUGGCUGAAGCCCUAAGCCCGAACCCGAAGCAAAGAGGCCCGUUUUCGCCGUCGAGCCCUUUCUUCUUGGGCUCUAAUGAUGACAAACUCGAAAGAGCUCAAGCACGCGCUGCCCGUGCUGCAGCCAUCCGACGCAAGCCUGCCGCCGCCGGUCCUCCCGCUGUAGCCACUGCAAAUGAGUCCUUCCUCGAUAAGCAGCAGAUUCUAGAAUUGUUCCACAAUUGCAUCAAACUUGCCAGUGAAAAUAAAAUUAAUCAAAAGAAUACGUGGGAGCUGAAUUUGAUAGAUCAUCUAUGCGAGAUUAUUAAAGUUGAAGAAGAAAAUGAUGCCGAGACUAAUUUUCAGAAGGCAAGUUGUACCCUUGAAGCUGGAGUAAAGAUUUACUCAAUGAGGGUGGAUUCUGUGCAUUCAGAGGCAUAUAAGGUACUUGGAGGGAUUAAUCGAGUUGGUCAAGAAAAUGAGAAAGACAACACUUUGGAAGAUGUCAUUGACAGUAGUCAUGAGGAAGGUCAUUCAAAGAAAGACCAAGAGAGAAAGCUGUCACCUUUGUCGACGCUUGAGUCAUCAUUUGAGGCACUAAAUGUUAAAAAGUUUGAUGUGGCCUUUGCUGUGGAUCCUCUGUAUCAUCAGACAUCAGCACAAUUUGACGAAGGUGGAGCAAAGGGUCUUCUAUUGAACAAUCUUGGAGUAUAUGGUAACUGCCAGGUCCUUUUUGAUUCACUUGAGUUACCUGGAAAGUGCACAUUGCCUGCAAUUGAACGUGGCAGAUCUGAAACAAUUGAUAUAACUUUCAUGAGAGAUACCAUAGAACAGAUGGUGUUUAACAUCCCAGAGAAGGAGGAGAUUUCACCCACUCUUAAGGAUAUAGUUAACCUUUUUGAUGAGGAUAAUCGAAGACCACCAUGUGAACCAUGUUCUUCUGUAGAAAAAUCACCAGGACAAGUUAAGGGAGCUGAGGAUUGCUUUGAGUUUGAUAAUGGUGCAUGUGAAAAUUGUGGGGGCUUGGAUCAGGAUGAAGAAACAAGUUUGGUGGAUGAAGGAACCUAUGAUGGGGGUCAGAUUUUGCCAAGCCUACAUGGGGAUGGUGAACCAUGUGUUUUCAGUGAAUGUGAUGUAGAUGACAGAUUUGAGAAAGUAGAUGACUAUUUAUUUUUAAGUUUGGGACUUUUAUCAAGGCAAAAUGCCUGGGCUGGUCCAGAUCAUUGGAAGUAUCGGAAGGCAAAAGAAAUUCCAGAGAAUGAAGAUGAUGCAUCACCAGUAAAGGCCAAAAAAUCAAAGAGUAGAAAAAUUGAAUCUGAUAUUGAUUUUACUAAAGCCUUGGAUGCUGAUAUGUCCAAUGUCUUUGCUCCCCCAAAGAACCCGAAGUCACUUCUACUGCCUGCAAAUAGAGCACCUUGUAAUACAAGACUUCCAGAAGAUUGCCAUUAUCAACCAGAGGAUCUUGUGAAGUUGUUUCUUUUACCCAAUGUUAUGUGCCUUGGGAGGAGAAGAAGGAAAGUUCCUGAUGAAUCAAGUCCACAAGAAGAUGAUUAUGGAGCAAUGCCAUCAUGGGAUGAUCAAAAUGGGUUUGAUUGCUUUUCGGAUCAUGAAAGUGCUUAUGGCAAUGUCGAAGACUUAAGCAACCUUGUCUCUCAGCCCCGGCAGGUUAACAAGAUUGAAGUGCAGUAUGACAAAACAUCAAAACAGGUUGACGUUCAGGCACUUAAGGAAACCCUGUGGGACCAUAUAAGAGAAAAAAAUCUGGCAGAAGUGCAGGAAAACUCGGAGACCACAAAAUAUCUUUCAAGCAAAUUUUAG